GAUGACUCGGACACAAUCCAGUGCCUGCGCUGCCGUACAUGGGGCCACUUGUGUUGUUUUGGAUUCCGCUCCCGCGACGACCCCAGGAUCCCAAAGGACCACUACUGCUUCAAGUGCGUUGACGCACUCAAAGGCAGGUCCAAUUGGCCAGGAGCGCAUCGAAAUGCAAUUUUCCGGAGGUGCUUGAAUGUGGUCCUGGAAGAAGGCAUGGAAGGUGUGCAAUGGCUUGCCAGCAGAUUGGGU